AUGACAACUGCUAUUUUCAAGCAUAUCGAUGCAUCAGCAAUCCCGCAGGGGACAAGGCCAUGGGCCAAGGUCGAUAUCGAAGCUACUUCGUUUAAGCUAGGUGACCAUACCCGCCCAGUGAACAACAUCCGAGGGAAGGAAAGCGAGUUUACCACAGACAACUCCGGCUUUGCGGUUUACAACGAACAGUCAAAUGAGAAGUCGUUUACAGACGAUGCCGCUGUGCGUGGUCCGUACUAUCAGGAAAUCGAGGAUCUCCUAAGGAAGCGAAUUCCUGGUAUCAAGAAGGUGGUCAUAUUCGACCAUACCAUCCGGAGACGUACACCGGAGGCUGCUCGGGCUCCGGUACAGCAGGUCCACGUCGACCAAACCCCCGCCGCCGCCGAGGCCCGUGUGCGCCGUCAUCUCCCAGCAGAUGAGGCCGAAGAGCUAUUAAAGGGCCGCUUCCAGAUCAUCAACGUGUGGCGGCCCAUAGAAAACCCAGCAAGCGAUCACCCCUUAGCUGUCAUCGACUGGCGCUCGACGAAGCCAGAUGAUUUCAUCCCGGUGGACUUGCUCUAUCCUAAGCGUGCAGAUUUCUCAACGGACAAGGACGAUAGGGGCAAGGAAGUGCGUCCAGAUGAUUCAACCAGAUACUCGGCGGAAGGAUACGAGGUCAGGGGUGAAACGAUGUCAGUUGCGCCGAGCGACGCGCAUAAGUACUACUACCAGAAGGACAUGACGCCGGAUGAGGUUAUUCUAUUAAAGUGUUAUGACUCGUUCGGCGAGGGCCAACCCCUGGGGAAAGCGGGAAUUGCGGUGAGGACGCCGCAUACGGCUUUUAUCGAUCCUCAGACACCUAAGGAUGCGCCCCCGCGGCAGAGCAUAGAGGUGCGGUGCUUGGUCUUUUAUGAGUAG